AUGCUGUCCAGCUCCUUCAGGUUCAAGAAUGCCCUGUGCAUCCGCAGUCGUGUAGCGGCAUGUUGGAACACUACUGCAGCUAACGCGGCCCGCCAAGUGCACCCAAUCUCCCAACUCAGUCUUGAUCUGGGCAAUCAACUCAAGGUCGAGCACAACACUUUGGCAGCUUUCAAUCUGUUCAAGAAAGAAGUCUACGACGUUUCUCAAAACCUGAAUGAUCCUCGUUUCACCCUCCAAAGGUCUUUCGGUCUCAACUCGGUGCUCAAACAACUUUUGCAGGCGUCCAAAGCAGACCUGACGUCUUCCAAAGGCUCUGCAGACUCUAACGCGCAGCUCCCACCAAAUCCCUACGAGAUUUUAACUGUUAUGUGUCAGCACGGGCUUGCACGCGAUUUGCACUUCCAAGUGGUUUUUGAGCACUUGGUCGCCUCUAAUGCUCCUCAAGAUAUCCUCGGUCUGUGGGUGAAAUACCUCGAGACACUGACUGAAAACCCUAGGGCUAUAACAUACGGCUCACACCAUGAAAACAACCUGGCCCUUGCAUCUAUUGGCUACCUCAUGCUUCGAGACAAGGCACCUCACCUAUCCGAAUUGGCUCAAAUUCUAAACAUAGGUGACACUCCGGAGAAAAUCCAAAUGUCAAGACUCAGAUACCUGAUUGACACGUUGCAAAUGGACCCUGCUGUUCGCAAAAUUGCGAAAAACAGCUACUCUUUACUUCUGCUAGAUUUCGUGCGCACAUGCAGACCGGAAUUCGAAAAACAGCUGAAGGGCCUCGAUCUUGUGCAAGAUGUUCAGAGUUUAUUUCAGAACCUUUCAACUGCCUCGAGAUUGUCUGAGCAACCUCUAAGUGGCGAUAUUAUUGCUGCUUUUAUGAUCAAAUUCACUCAGUUGAAAAAACCACAGCAAGCGAUCCAGUGUUUUAACUUGAUUAAACAGACCGGGAAAGUCGAUUUAUCUACUCAAAAUGCCUUGCUUGUGGCGGUCGCCAACAUCCCGGUUUUUGGAAGAGACGUGAGAGAGCAAAAGGCGAAACGGAUUGAGGCCGUUUGGAAUACAUAUUUUACUAAUUCCUCCGAUCCAAUCGAAACCAGCUCUUAUAUUGCAUUAGUUAGAGCAUUGGGAGAAAGCAGGAAUUUCCAACAAUUGCAGCAACUGUGGAUAAACGAAAUUCCGUCUGCAUUGAAAGCAGAACAAAAACUAACUGAGGAGUACCUUUUAUUUCAGUCUUUCAGAAAGAACUUCAGUCUCGAAGGCAUAAAGGGUCAGUUACCAGAGAAAAUCGGUUCUCUAGAACUGGCAAAUCAAGUUCUCCGUAAAAUGACUGAAGAGAGACUGCCCGAAGCAGAAAUUGACCAAUUCUAUAAACAGCAGUUCACAGACCCAGAUGCUCCGCUGAAACCAGACAGCACGACCCUGGCCCUAAAGAUGUACUUCAACUCCUUAUACACCAAGGAUCCAGAAUUUCAGUUCUUCAAAAGCAUUUCAAAGAGUAAAAAUGACGUCGGCACUUCCACUGAAAUUUUCAAGAAGUUUACAGAAAUUUGCCCAGAAAUAGACACUGUGCGGAGUGUUUUCAAAGAAAUUGAAACCCCGCUAGGAGCCAAAAAGUAUGGAUACAUGAUAACUGCAGAAUCUAAGGCCGGAAACAUUGAUGCCUGUGAGGAAGUUUUCAAGAAGUUUGUCAAGGAAACACGAGACAUGAAUACGAUUACCAGGUCUAUUUUGGAUCCCAUCAUUGAAGCUGUUUGUGAGCAAAGUAUCAAGGAAAAGUCUACCGCUCUGCUUGAAAAAAUGCUUGUCUACGCGACUUUUGCCAAGAAAGCUCAAAAGUCCUUGACAUACCAGGCAGCAUCAAAAGUAACGCACACGCUGGCUCAGGUGUCAAAGGCUUUAAGCGGCAAGUUCACAUCAAGCGAGGCUGAUACAAUCGCGAAACUUCUUCAAGAUGUUUACGCGGUGAGGAACUUCACGCCAUCUCAGCGCAACGUCGACAUUUUGGUUCAAAAUAAGGUUGCUUUGCCCAAGGCCUCCAAAUAA